ACCUGAUAUACAGAAGCCUGAUGUCACAGCACCCCACAAACAAGGCACUAGCUGCCCUCUACCUCACAAAUACCACCUCCGCACAGCUGGUGGCGUUACUUCUUGAUCCUCCUCAACGAUGCCAGUAUUGUCCUGGCCCUUCUGCAUAUACCAUCUGUUGCGGACAUGAAGGGGAUUCCCAGCAAUUUGGACACCCUGCUGUGGGUCUACCACUUCCACAGCUCCACCGAGGUGGCCUUACAGCCUCCACUUCUAUCUUCCCUGGAACUUGCUGUGGCCGCAGCUCACGAAUAUCUGGUGCAAAGGUUCAGAGAGCUUAAGUCCCAGGACCCCCUGGAAUCCGACAAGUCGCCCACCCAGAAGGCCACCCUAGGGCUGGUGCUAAGAGAAGCUGCAGCCAGCAUCAUGAGCUUUGGAGCCACCUUGUUAGAGAUCUCGGCCCUGUGGCUGCAGCAGGAGGUGCAGCGACUGGACGGCGGCAACGACUGCCCAGGCCCAGCCCCAGACACUGGGGAUCCUGGUAGGGCGCUGGCCCGUGUAGCCCUGGCCGCAGGGCAGGGGAUUCGGCAAGCUGGAACGGCAGCUGGCGCAAGUGCCCGGUACCUGAUCCAGGGGGCGUGGUUGUACCUGUGUGGACGAGGUUUGCACGGGUCUACCUCAUCUCUGCCACAAACCCUAUGCCAACUGGGCCUUGGGGUCCCUGGGGAUCCGAGAGACUCGGGAAACCUCAAGGUGUCGCCCAGCAGCAGUGAGGAGAAUGGGGGAACAGAUAAUCCAUCACUGUCCCAGUCCAACCCUGUGUCCAAAUAAAAGUCCAGAACGGGACAACACCAGGUCCCUAUGCAA